UUUCAACGUGUUCGCGCCAGGAAAAACGUUCGGAUUACGAUUUCGAUUUCGAAAUAUUUAAAAAUAUCACUCAUACGCACGGAAGAGCGAGUGACUGAAAGUGAGAGUGAGAGUGCACCGAUAUUCACAUGGCACUUGCCACUAAAUAAAUAAAAACCAAGUUUUGUUUCUUCAAAGCGAAACGGAGAAAGUGUUUUAAUAAUCACCAUUUAGUAUAUAAUCAAGUGAAAACCUGCCUGCCAGCAGCGCACUAAUUUAUAAAUAAAUAUAAUAAAUAUAUUUUGACGUGUGUGAGUGUGCAGCAUCGAUAAAAAGCUUGCCGCAGAAUUUCUUCUGAGGCGUAAUGUGAAUAAGUUAAUUAAUCGAGGAAGCCAAAGAACUCCCCCAAAAAUCGAAUUGUAGAUCAUUUCAUUCCAAUUUAAUUAACCCCAACCCGCCGAAAAACCCUUGGCAUUGAUUGUUGACUUUGUCGCCGCAAAGAUAUGCAAAUGGAAUAUGCGAAUAUCUUGCACACACAGACACACACAAGUUGUAAAUUAAAUUCCCAAGCAUAAAGUGUCGACGACGCCGGUCGAAAGCGGGAACAAAGGACAUCGUCACCAGGUGCUCGUGAACCCUGACCCGUGGCAAGAGAGACCCACAAUCAGUAGCCGACCUGAGGCCGCAGAAUUGAUGUUCGAGCGAAAGUAUCCUCUCGGCUACCCAAAUGUUACGCCCAAAAGUAUUCUUCUUCGAGUAGGGUUACGAAUCGGGCAAUUGGUGGGUCAGUAGAAGUGGUGCAGCGAUGAGUGGAGCAGCGGUUGCCCGGUUGCUCCUCCGCCUGGAGCUCCCCUCACCCGGAGUAAUGCCACCGCCGCCCACGGACUACGACUAUGGCGGAGCCAUCAGCGAGGAUGAGUUCCUGGCCAGUGUGGUGGCCACCUCGGAGGGGCCUACAAUACGAUACGAUCUAUUCCCCCAGAACCACACCAACCAGCCCAGUCUGCACAUCCUGCUCAACCACACAGAGGUGCAAACGGAUCUGCAAUAUCCGCACUACGAGGACUUGGGUCUGGAUCCGGACCCAAAUUGGACGCGUAUCUGCGAGGAUGUGUACAAUCCUUCGCUGGAAAACAAUCGCAUUGAGUUCUGGGUGUGCGGCGUUCUCAUAAAUAUCGUCGGAAUCCUCGGCAUCCUGGGCAACAUUAUAUCCAUGAUAAUCCUCUCCAGACCCCAGAUGAGAUCGAGUAUUAACUAUCUGCUUACUGGCCUGGCCCGCUGCGAUACUGUACUUAUAAUCACCUCAAUACUGCUUUUCGGCAUACCCUCUAUAUAUCCUUACACCGGACAUCUUUUUGGCUACUACAACUAUGUGUAUCCUUUUAUAUCCCCGGCUGUAUUUCCCAUAGGCAUGAUAGCCCAGACAGCCAGUAUAUAUAUGACAUUCACGGUGACCCUGGAACGAUAUGUGGCCGUUUGCCAUCCCUUAAAGGCGAGGGCCCUAUGUACCUACGGCCGAGCCAAGAUCUACUUUAUAGUGUGUGUGUGCUUCUCGUUGGCCUACAAUAUGCCACGAUUUUGGGAGGUGCUGACAGUAACGUAUCCCGAACCGGGCACAGAUGUCAUACUCCACUGCGUGAGACCCUCGAGAUUGAGGAGAUCGGAGGCCUAUAUAAAUAUCUACAUACACUGGUGUUACCUCAUAGUGAACUAUAUAAUACCCUUUCUCACCUUGGCCAUACUAAAUUGUUUGAUAUACAGACAAGUGAAGAGGGCGAACAGGGAACGCCAGCGUUUAUCGAGAUCGGAGCGGAGGGAGAUCGGCUUGGCCACCAUGCUGCUCUGUGUGGUGAUAGUUUUCUUCAUGCUGAACUUUCUGCCACUUGUACUCAAUAUAUCCGAGGCCUUCUACAGCACCAUCGAUCAUAAGAUUACGAAAAUCUCCAAUCUAUUGAUUACCAUCAAUAGCAGUGUGAACUUCUUGAUAUACAUUAUAUUCGGCGAAAAGUUCAAGCGCAUUUUUUUACUCAUUUUUUUCAAGCGCCGCCUGAGUCGUGACCAGCCGGAUCUCAUCCACUACGAGAGCUCCAUAUCGAACAACGGCGAUGGUACGCUGAACCACCGAUCCUCCGGCCGCUUCUCGAGGCACGGCACCCAGCGGAGCACCACCACCACGUAUUUGGUGGCCACCGGAGGCGGCGGAGGAGGGGGAGCCAACACCUGCGGUGGUGGCGUUGGCAAUAAUUCGCUGAAUAAUGUCCGACUCACCCAAGUGUCGGGCUCACCAGGUCUGAUUAAGAUCAAGCGGAAUCGGGCUCCAUCGCCGGGGCCAGUGGUCUACUUUCCCGCCCGCGAAAUGCAGAGAUCCGCGUCCACCACGAAUUCAUCCACCAAUAACAAUACCUCUAUUGGCUACGACUGGACGCUGCCGGAUAACAAGAAACUGGGACAUGUCUCGUCCGGAUUCUGAGGAAAAUCAAGGAGAAGGGCGCAUGGGAAACGGGUUAGCCUAGUCCACUAGUUUUGUAAAUAAAAAUAGCGCAUGCGACAGCUGUGGUCAAAAUAUUAGUAGGGUUAGCUAAUUUAAAAAGUGUGACGUACUGCCAAAUAAAUUGGGUUACUGAAAGAUUUUUAAAAAAUAAACUAAAAGAAUAUAUGUUUUGCAAAACCUUUAUUUAGAAAAGAAUCCAAUAUUAUUUAUAUUGUUCUUAAUAAAAAAAUGUAAUUACCGAAAUUGGCUAAAUGUCAAAUGAAUUGGGUUACUGAAAGAUUUUAAAAAUGAUUUUAAAGAACAAAUGAUUUUCACACGUCUACUCAAACAACAAUUUUUGUUUUAAAAUAAAGGCUAAAACUUUUGCUAUUUAAUUCCACGACUUUAUUUGGAGAUCUAAGCACUAAUGUUAGUAUAAUAUGUAAUUUUUUCCGAUUUUCUCAAAAUUUUUGUUGCCUUAUUAUAUGAGAUUUAAAUUUAUAAGUUGAACAAAUUUAUUAGAAUAUUUACUCAUCAAAAAAUUGACUUUUUAUUUUUGAAGUCAAUCAGAAUAAAAAGUUUUAAAAUUACAUCUACCAAAAAGGCAAUUUAAAAUAAUAGUUCGUAAAAAUUUUAAUUAAUAUCCAAAGACACUGCUUAUAUUUUGACCGCAGUUGUAAAUACUAUAUAUUAACUGUAAAGAAGGCAUAAACUAAGCGCUCCAAGCGUUGCGUUACUUUGUGAUAAGCGUUAAGUGUUUCCUUCCACAACUUCUCUCUACUACUCCUCCAAAACUUUACUCGUUGAUAUAGCUAUUAAGUCGGUUAGUCUUGCCAUCGAUCAGAUCAGGUUGAAGAAAACUAGUUUCUUUGACUGAAAAUUUAAUAUUGCUCUUUACUUACUUUUUCCUUUCAAUUUAUCUUGUUCAAACGAUUGAAUUUGUAUCAAUUUCGCACUAAAUUAGUCAUUGAAACUUUUCGAAUCCAAUACCGUUUUACUUUCCUUUGACCGAAGUUUUAUUUAUUAGCGUAUACUUCGGCUGUCUUUAAUUAAAUACAUUUUGCAACGCAUUUCUUGGUCGAACUUGAUGAAUGAUUUUCCUUUUCUUUGGCUGAUUUGGGUUGCCCGAACUUUUCGAUUUUCCUCACACUUUCCCGGAAACUUGGGUUCCUUGGGGUCCAGAAACCGAGGGCCACGGCAAUCUGUCAACUUGUCAGAAAGUUUUAAAAAUGCCGCUCAAAGUUCAGUCAGCUCAAAAGUUUCACCAGCAUUAUUUAGUAACCCAAAAAAACUCAAGUAGCUCAAUUUAACAGCAACUGCAACAAUAAUAAACAACAAAAAGAAAAAGACAUUUUCAGGUGUUCACAAAAGAAUUAUUUUUACUGCUGCUUGGUUCUCAAACAAAAAAAUAUAAUCCCCCCACGCUAUUGUGUAAAUAAAUUUAAGAGUUCUGUAAAUAUUUAUAAUUUAUCAAGUAUGCAAAGCAUAAACGUAAACCAAAGAUAUGAAAUUAGCUUUCAAUUCAGAUUACUGAAAUCCAGGAAAGGGGAUCUUAAAAUAUUCUUCAGAGGAGUUUGAUGGAUGAUAACAAAAAAAAGAAUAGAUAACAAAACAACAUUUCUUGCAUAUUUUAGAAAGCAUGAUAAAGUAUCUUAUAAUGAAA